AUGGCUAUGCCACUCACUGAAAAGGCUUCCAAUGGUUCCCUUAAGGGCAGAGGUGGGGAGAGAACUCAUCUGAGAGAUAAAUCAGCUACAGAAACUACUGAUGACCUUGAUGCUGAAACACUGCCCCUCAAUUUUGGGGAAGUCGUCCAGGGCAUCUAUAGAAGCAGUUUCCCCCAGCCAUGGCAUCUUCCUGCCCUCAAAAAGUUGAACCUCAAGAUGAUUGUGACAUUUGUCGAAGGUGAAUACACAAGAGAUCAUCAGGUCUUUCUCAAAGAAAAUGGCAUUGAGCAUCGCCGCAUUCUGGUCCAAGCCAACAAAGAUCCCGCGGUCCGUACACCAGAUCACAUCGUCAACUACAUCCUGGAGAUACUACUCAACAAAGCCAACCAUCCAAUGCUUGUGCACUGCAACAAGGGCAGGCACCGAACCGGUUGCAUUAUCGGCUGCUUCCGCAAACUUCAGGGGUGGGAUAUGGCAGCCAUCAUUGAAGAAUACCUUAAUUUUUCUUGGCCUAAAUCCAGAUCUCUGGAUGAGAUAUUCAUUACACUUUUUGACGAGACUAGGCUCAGACCCCUUGCGCUUUCUGUUGAUGCGCCUUCCUGGCCAGCCGGCAUGAGACCCGGUCCCUUGCGCGAGGACUCUGGACAGGAUGAAAACAUUCCGAAGCGUCGUAUCCAUUCUUCAGUCAACGAGUUCAAAUAA